AUGUUGUCUCGUGUUCUAUGGCUAAAAGUUCUAAAGCGAUAUAAGAGGAUUUUAGGAAUGGAGGCCAAUACCUCGUUGCCUUCGAACGUAAAGCGUUGUUUUUUUAUCGGUCUGGGAUUAGGAACUGGAAUUGUAGCGAGUGCUUAUGUAGCUAAAAAGCUCUACGAACAGAAUAACAGCCGUGAGCUCGUGUUAGCUUUAAACCAAGUCACAAAUGAAAUUAAAGAACUACGGGUCUCAAUGGUCCAACAUUUUGAACGAACAGCAUCAGAGUUUUCAAAUGAACAAGUUCUAACGAAUGUGAAACGAAGGUAUAGGCUUGGGAAUGUUCAGCAAGAAGUGCUGAGAGAGAAUGAGACAUUGCCACAAGAUGAUAGCAGUUCAGAGGAUGAUUUUUUUGACUUGCUUGAUGAGGAAAUUGACAUUGUACAAAGCAAUGAUAGUGAAAGGUAAUAUAUACCAUUUAUACUGUCGGGGUGGGGUGGGGAUGGGCAACCCAGGGGGAUAUGAACUCUCCCUUUAACAGAUCAACCUUGUUCCCAUGCUGUCCCCUCUUGACAAUUACGGUAACAGAUCCAACUCAAAAUAAUGUACGAGUCAAAUCCAACCGCGAUCAGGCCCCCCUUGACUUUUGAAAAAAUAAUUGGUCAAAUGCCCGCCCGAACAAGCAGAAACCACAGUCAAAUGCCCAGCUAUAGGGGUAGUCCUGUUUCUGGAAUUUUGACUAAAAUUAAAUUGAGCAAGUAUUUCAAGAUUAAAAAGAACGAAAAAUAGGCCAGACAGUUCUUCUUUUUGUUCAACUGGGCAUAUUGUAUCAUAUAUCUAUGAUUGAUAUUUGUGAUUCAGAAGCAAUUUUCAAACUAUCGAAAAGAUGCAAAGUAGAAAACUCGUAAAGCGCUAGAAUGUACACAUAUUUUUAGGGAAAACUGCUGAGCAAGUUGUUGUCAAGUGGUCAAAUGCCCGGCCGGGCCGUCAAAUUCCCGACCGGGGCUGUCAAAUUCCCGCUUAUACGGGGGUAAUGUUAAGUCAAAUGCCCUGGGGUUGCCUGGGGGGGGGGCUGAUCGCGGUUGGAUUUGACUUGUACAUAAGUCUGGCUUAACAUUGAUAGGCGGGAAGUAUUUACUGUCUCUGGGGUGUGCAUCCCCCCCCCCCAUAGCGCUGGCCAGAGGGGGUGCUAUUUUUCAUGAUAAAGCAAAAAAUAUUAGAGACAAAAUGAGAUACAGUAUUAAAUUUGAGUAAUAACAUGAUGAUAAGCAAACUGUGAACAACAAUUACAAUUCAAAUACAGUAUGUUGAUGGGCGGGCGGCGCACCAUGCACAUGACCGACACAACUCCUGCAUCUAACCCUGAGGCCACUCCCAAAUUAUAAAAUAUGCAUGUGAGGAAAUGGAGUCAUUUUUUAUUGUUUCAGCUUACAAGAUAGAAGCAUAUUAAAUUUUGAUGAAUUAAUUAAAAAAUGUGACCAGUUAGCAGAGAAUGAAAUUCUUGCCGACAAUGAAAGAGAAAUUGGAAUUUUAGAAGAUCUUUUAACAAGAGUAAGUUGGUUCUGAUAUUCUUAUUAUAAAACCACACAACAAAAUUAGUUGGUGACUGUUACGAAUAGCCUACCCAGGAUUUUUUUAUGUAAAAAAAACAACUUUUGCCUAUGUACAGUGAAAUUUAUUAUCAAAGCAUGAUUUUAAAGAUUUACAACAUUUCCUGCAAUAGAUAAAUCGCAGACUAGGGUUGGACAGUUUAUCGAUAAACCGAGAGAAAAAACACGAUUUUUUAAAAACCAAUUCAACCAAUUUCAGUUUAGCCAAAAAAUGGAAAAGUAAGAAAAUUAUUGAAGCAAAAUGGUAGUAGAAUAUUGCCAAAAAAUUGCUGGAACGGCAUACAUAUAGCACCAGGCUGACCUGCCAGUCGGUCAGUCAGCCAGACCCUAUAGACCUUCCCCCUUAUGAGUGAAAUUUUGAUCUAGACAAGUGUGGACAACAAUUUCAUCACAGCUUGAAAGAGCAUCACAAAAUUAGUAAUAUACCGAAGUUUUGUUGCGAAAUGUUGUAAAAUGCGGAUAGUAUAGCCUUGCGAAGUUUGCCGUUUUUCAGUCAUUUUGUAUUACAAAUGGGAAAUUGAUAAUCAGAUGAUCAAACUGAUUAUCAAUUUUGCGUUUGUAGUACAGAAUGAUUGGAAAACGGCAAACUUCACAAGACUAUAUUAUCCGCAUUUUACAACAUUUUGCAACGAAACUUCGGAAUAUUACUAAUUUUGUGAUGCUUUUUCAAGCUGUGAUGAAAUUUUUAUCCAGGCAUAUCUAGAUCAAAAUUUCACUCGUAAGGGGAAAGGUCUAUUAGCAUAUCAAUAACUGUUGUUUCACUUGUAGAACACAGAGAAUGUUGAGGUGUUAAUGAGAUGUACGCGGGCAUAUAAAUCCAAGGCAAAUUUAGCCGAAGACAAAGAAGGAAGGAAGGAGGCUGUUUAUAAAGGUUUGUAUCAAGAUCAUACUGAUGCUCAGGCUUUGUAAACCACUGCUAAUAAAUGGCUCAUUCAGAAGAGAUCCACACUCCUCAACAAAUUUUUGCUGCCUGAAGGGGGAGGGAAGAAAAAUUUGUUUCUGAUAAUAGUAAAUGUAUAAGAAUGUCCAAAAGAGGUAGGCAGGCAUGGAUGUUUUUUGGAAUGAACGGCCAAUUAGCCAUUCCAAAGUUGAUGAGUGGACUGGGGACGAGUGUUAAAAAGUGCCCAAAUUAAGAAAUGAACCAAAUCACUAAAACGACCACCUCAAAAUUAGUAAGCAUAUGAAGUUUGAAGACGUUUACAUGAAUACCCUUCGAAUAAUAAGUUUUCGAAAAUUGUGAAAUUACUGAAUUAGCGAUUAAUUUAAAAGAUUGUUUUUGGGACGCGUGUCCCAAAAACAAAAAUUACAAUACAUUUCAUAGUAAAUAUCACAAUUUUCGAAAGCUUAUUAUUCAAAGGAUAUUCGUGUAAAUGUCUUCAAACUUUGUAUACUAGUCUUACUAAUUUUGAGGUGGUCUUUUUAGUGAUUUAGUUCAUUUCUUAAUUUGGGCACUUUUUAACACUCGUCCCCAGUCCACUCAUCAACUUAAUAUGUGGAAAUGUUGCAGGUAUGGAAUACGGUGAAAGAGCUGUAGAAAUCUCUGAGGAUCAUCCAACAGCUCAAAAAUGGUGAGUAGGAUAAUAUGACUGCAUCUUACAUAGAGGUGGUAGUCCACUUAGUGUAUAUGUCUCUCAUCUCUGUGGCUCUAGAACAGCACCUUCAAUUCAGUUUGUUAUAUUGUGUGUAAUAAAUAUAGGUUUGGCGUUUUAUUGGGAAUGGCUGCUGGAAUGGCGCCGUUGAUGGAACAGAUACCUCUUGCUCAUAAAUUUAGGGUAGGUACCUGAAAAAAUAAUGUUGAUUAUUGAUUAGUAAAAUUCUCUGGUGGUACACAUAAAAAAAUCUUGCAACAAUUUCCUAGAAAGCCUGUCAACAAGCUGUAACAUUAAUGCUCCCUUACAAAAAAAGUCUAUAGGCCUGGCCUAUAGGCCAACCUAUAGGUUCCUAUACGAAACCUAUAGGUUUUUAUAGGCAAUUGGAACAUUUUCUAUAGGUGACCUAUAGGGAUGCCUAUAAGCCUAUAGAGCUCUAUAGCUGCCUAAAGGCUUCUAUAGGGAAUUGGAACAUUUCCUAUAGGCACCUAUAGGCCACCUAUAGACUUUUUUCGUAAGGGCUGUUAUUUUAUCAAGUUGCAACUUGUUGACAAAUUGUUGACUUGCAGUCCUGACGAUAUAACAAGUUGUUGGAACAACUUAUAAGAAUGUCACAUGGCAUGCCGUUCUUGUUGGAAAUCACCGCAAACAUAAGACUGACAGUAUAGAUUUGUUUUUGAUAAGAACCACUGAUCACACCAUCAUUAAUUAACAUCGAAAUUAUGUACAUGUCACAUCCAAGUUGUCAAAACAAAGCUUGCUUAAAAGUCUCUAUUACAAACGUAAAAACGCACAAGUUGUAAAAAACCUGCAGCAGACUUGUAGCAAUGCUGUUCCAAUAACUUGUCAACAAGAUGUAUUGGCCCUUCUUGUAUCCAGCCUGUUGACAAGUUGUCAGCGAGUCGUUGACGACUUGCUACAAGGUUGUUGAGCUCAAAAGACUUGUUACAAGUUGUUCCAACAACUUGUUAUCAUCCUGCAAUUCAACAAUUUGUCAACGAGUUGUGAGUGACAACCUUGUAGCAACUUGAUAAAAUAACAACGUUACAACUUGUUGACAAGCUUGCUACAAGCCUGUUGGAAACACAUCUUCAGUUUUUUAUGUAUCAAUUUGUCAUAUAUACUGUAUGUGUGUCUAAAAUCUGUGAGUAUGGUGAUUUUGCAGAAACAUGUCAAAAAGGCAAUUGAAUUGAACCCAGAUGAUUCAACUAAUUAUCAUUUAUUGGGAAGAUGGUGUUUUGAGGUAAAUUUUGAAAGUUUACACAGUCUAGGUUUCUCAAAUAGAUUUGGUUAGUGAUCUAAACUUGCUUUAAUUCCCAGGUAGCGAGUCUGCCAUGGUGGAAACGGCAAGCUGCAGCCACGUUGAUCGCUGAACCGCCCACAUCUUCAUACGAGGAAGCUCUGUCUUUGUUUGAACAAGUGAGAUAUAUAACUUUUUAUUUAAGACAAUUUACAGAGUACUGAACUUGACAGAUAUUAUUUUCUCUUUCGUCGUACCAUCUAAAAUAUCUUUAUUUUAGCAUUCAAUUCAGGGCUCAAAAUGACGUUUUAUGUUGCAGCCAGUCAUGGUGACCAAUCAGUUUCAAUACACUCUUUCGAUAAUUACGUCACAAUUACAAUGUUUUCAACUUAGGACCACCUUAAAUGGAAGGGAUUCAAGUUUUUUUCUCAUGGGCUAUGCACAGAGAAGCAGAACAUGUGUUGAAGAAGGAUGUUCUGCUUCUCUGUGCAUAGCCCAUGAGAAAAAAACUUGAAAUCCUUUCCAUUUAAGGUGGUCCUUAAAGUUGAAAACAGUGUAGUUGUGACGUAAUUAUUGAAAGAGUGUAUUGUGUCUGGUCAAAUGCGAUUUCUGACCGAUCAGCUCCCACAAGACCCCACGAAUACUCGCCUCCCUGCAACGCAUUGCUCACUCAAUGCAUUAAGCAACGAUGCAGGCAGUGUAAUUAUUAAUUAUAACACAACUAAAGUUUAAAUAUAAUCUUUGUCAUAUCUUAAUUUGGUCUAUUAUAAGUUAUCUGACCAGCAGUUGGCAUACAAAAUUCAACAACUUAAAUUCGAAUGAAAAGUUUAAUAUGUCAAAGAAAAUCCUUACAUAAUAUUUAACGGGUCCACGUCAUACAAAUUUGACCGGUCAUAUUAAAAAUUCCGGUGACUGGCCGUUAUUUCGAGUCCUGUUAUUUUACAAUCAUACCUAAAUUGUUUGCUGUUAACCAUUGAUUUGUACCAUAUGUACAGUAUAUUAGUGUAUAUUAGUGUACGGAUUCUGACUUAUGGUUGAGCAUUUUUUCUCAUUUUAGGCAGAGAAACUUGGCUUUACCGGGCCCAAAAGUAACAGACUUUUUAUAGGAAAGGUGCGCGGUUAUUUGAACACAAAUGAAAGAUUUUGAAGAACUAUAUUUCCUUGCAGAGAUAGUAAAUCUGGAAAAACUCAUUGUAUUUUCUUCCAUUGCAGUGCCACCAAAGCCUUGGUGAUGUAGAGAAAGCAAAAGAAUGGUUAACGAAGUCGUUGGAAUUGCCGGUGAAGGAUUAUGACGUAAAUAUUUUUUUCUUUAUUUUUUUCUGAUUUUGAAAUUUGAAGUAUUACAUUUUAAGAUAAUGUUUUAAUAAAUGCUACAAAAUAGUACAAAGUGUCCUUAAAAAGUUGAAGUAAAAAGUAAUAGUAAAACUAAAAGUACUAUUGUCUGCAAUGGAUUGACAUACAAAAAAACAAAACAGCAUACCCAUUAUAUGCGUGCACCUAAUAUACAAUAUUUCACGGCAUGGUCUACUUUCCAGACCCCGUUGAAGAUAUAACAGGGUUCGUAGCGGUCUUUGAAAUCCUUGAAAGUCUUUAAAUUUGAAUGCAGGUCUUUGAGGUCUUUGAAAAGUCUUUAAAUUGUGUGAAAAAGCGAAGAAAGUCAUUAAAAGUCUUUGAAUUCUUUAGUGAGUAUUUGAUUAUACGAUUUCCUAGCUAAUAAAAUAGAUUGAUUGAAGCAAGAUUUUCGCAAAUAUCGACGAAAAGGCGCAUUUUAGGAUGUGAUUUGACGGGACUAAUUACUGGGUAAAAAUGGUGCUUAUACACUCGCAAUUUUUCGACAGCUGAUUGUCCUCAAAGGUCUUUGAAAGUCUUUGAAUUUUUUUGGUCUUGGAAACUAUGAACCCUGUAAAACUAAAAGUACUAUUGUCUGCAAUGGAUUGAUAUACAAAAAAACAAAACAGCAUAUGCGUGCACCUAAUAUACAUUAUUAUACAUUUAAUAUGUAUUCUCGUUUCUAAUUGGUCAGAAAGCAUCGGCUAAUUUUCAGUAUUCGGCAUUUAUUACGUAUUUUCCGCCGAUGACGUCAUCAGCGUCCAAUAAUUGUUUUUUUGGAUCGAACUUGCAUCCAAAAAAAAAAUUAUUGGACUCUCUCGUGCCCAAACCCUUGCGCGGCCAAAAGCUUGAACUAUAAGCGCGGGGGAAAAAAACAAACAAUGGCCGACAGCAGAUUUGCUUCGCUGAAUGAAAGUGAACUCUCCAAAUUAUUGGCAGAUAAGGAUAGUGAAAGCACGAAAAAAGCCGCAAAGGGGUAAAUAGAAGUAGAAAUAUAAUAUUUAGCUGACCUUUGACUUUGUGCAAGGUGUUUGAUAUUCAAAUUGCACUUUUCCUACCUCAUGAACAGGAAUCGUCCUAUACGUUUCUCAUGUCUUUAAAUGUAUAAUAAAACAAUUAUUGGAUUCUGCUUUCGCAUGAUAUCAAGAAUUAUUCAGACCUCGGUCUAUGUUAUCCGCCUCAGCUUCGCUUCGGCAGAUAACAUUGACCUCGGUCUGAAUAAUUCUUGAUAUCAUGCUCAGCCUCAUCCAAUAAUUGCUUAAUAUUUCACGACAUGGUCUACUUUCCAGACCCCGUUGAGGAUAUAAGAAAUGUACUAUUAAAUAAUUAAUGCUUAUAAGUAAGACACAAAUGAGAGAUUCCAGACACAUGUAGAUGUCCUAUUACCUAUCACAAAAUUAAAAUAAAUCCGGAAUAAAUCACGUAAAAUUAAAACAAAAGUUAGAAAGAAACCGACUUCGCCACAAAAUGAAAAUAACGAAGUAAACUUCUUAAAACGACUUCGUUCCAAGUAAAAGUACUCCAGAAAAAGUUUACUUUGUUACAUGCUGGCUUCUCAAAAAUAGUACUCAGGUACAGUAAUGAAGUACAUUUACUUCGCUACCUGACACCACUGAGUCCGUGUUUACAAAAAUUCUCUUGCUUAAGCUCGCUAAUAAUCAGACAUUCCUUGGGUGACACUCCUUGUAUAUCACAUUUUUAUUCCAGGAUCGAACAGCUCAUGAGGAGGCAACUGAAAUUAUGCAAACUUUAUAA